GCGCAUCGCAGACAGUGCAUCGCGGACAGCGCUGCCAGCCCUCGACCCCCAGCCCCAGCCCCAGCCCUCGCCGUCCCCUCGCCCCUCGUCCUGUUCACGUGCCGUGUCGUUGGCUCGAGCCGCGCACGAACAACCAUGGCGUCCAACAAGAAGAGCAGCCUCGCGGGCUAUCUGCCGGACAUCCUGAUGGCCGCCGCCGCACCGCUGAUCGCGUACUUUGUCAUCCGCAACCUGCUCGCGCGCCUCGACCCCGACGCGCAGCAGAAGGAGGAGGCCCGCGCCAAGUCGGCCGCCGCCACGCGCAAGCUCGACGCCAUCCUCAGCAGCAAGCGCCGCAAGAGCCAUGGCGGCGACGGCGACUACGACAGCGACGACGACGACGCGCGCGCCCGCCGCCCGCGCAUGCAGGACCUGGUGCUGAACAGCUACGAGCAGAGCAUUGCCAUGGAGGUCGUGGCCCCCGAGGAGAUCCCCGUGACCUUUGACGACAUUGGCGGCCUCGACGCCAUCAUCGAGGAGCUCAAGGAGUCGGUCAUCUACCCGCUGACCAUGCCGCACCUGUACGCCCACUCGUCGUCGCUGCUGAGCGCCCCCAGCGGCGUGCUGCUGUACGGGCCGCCGGGCUGCGGCAAGACCAUGCUGGCCAAGGCCCUGGCCCACGAGUCGGGCGCCUGCUUCAUCAACCUGCACAUCUCCACCCUGACCGAGAAGUGGUACGGCGACAGCAACAAGCUGGUCAACGCCGUCUUCAGCCUGGCCCGCAAGCUGCAGCCGAGCAUCGUCUUCAUCGACGAGAUCGACGCCGUCCUGGGCCAGCGCCGCAGCGGCGAGCACGAGGCCAGCGGCAUGGUCAAGGCCGAGUUCAUGACGCACUGGGACGGCCUCGCCUCCUCCACCGCCGCCGGCAGCAACACCCCGCAGCGCAUCUGCAUCCUCGGCGCCACGAACCGCAUCCAGGACAUCGACGAGGCCAUCCUGCGCCGCAUGCCCAAGAAGUUCCCCGUCGCCCUGCCCAACGCCUCGCAGCGCAAGAACAUCUUUUCCCUCAUCCUGCGCGGCACAAAGAUCGACCCCGCCCACUUCGACAUCGAAUACCUCGUACGCGUCUCCGCCGGCAUGUCCGGCUCCGACAUCAAGGAAGCAUGCAGAGACGCCGCCAUGGGGCCCGUCAGAGAAUACAUCAGGCGCAAGAAGGCAGACGGCUCGCUCAGGACCAGCAGGGGCGUCCGGGAUGAGGACGUGCGCGGCCUCCGAACAGAAGACUUCUUCGGCCGAGGGAAAGGCCUGAGAGAGAUGGAAGCCCUCGACGAGACGGCAGAGGAGAUGAACACCCGGAGUCGGCGGAUACACACAGCUUCCGAGUCUUCUGAGGAAACCAGCACCGACAACAGCACCACCAGUGGCGACGAGAAGUCGCCGCAGUACGAUGACCCUGAGCCCUCGGCCAUCAGGUAGCGUCUCUUGAUUAUUUCAGUCAUUUGUUUCGAUGCACAUAUUAGGACGGCGCUUCAACGAGCAUUCUCAUCUCAUGGGCGGCGUUCUUCAAGACCCGAAACUAGACUCUAGAUCUCCAACACUAUCCACAUUACAAGCACGCAACAUCUCCUUGCACUGUUGUCAUCGACA